GUUACUUAAGAUAUGGAAGUUUUCCUGUGAUCAAUCCAGAUAAUUCAACUUUCCCUGAUAAAUUUGUUUUGAAUCAGUUGUUUCAAUAUUCUGUGACUAUGGAAACUAAUAAGAUUUCCACUUUCCUUAAUAUUUCAACACCUUGGCCUGGAGAUUGGUUUGCAGCAGCUUUUAUUAAUGACAGCUCUCAGCAAAUAAAACAAAAGGGACUUUAUAGGCCUUGUCAAGCAUGGUUAGCAUCAUUAUUACGAGUAAAUAUAGAAAAUUCUGUAAUUAAUGUAGUUUCAAAUGAAGAACUCUAUCAAGAGAUUUCAAAUCCUACAUUUUAUAAAUUUUAUGCUGGGUUUAAUACUUGGUCUACUAGUAUUGUUAUAAAAGAUUGUAGUUCCAGUUUAGACAACUGUCCAGUGAUGCUCUUAGCACGUCCAUUUGCACUUCCUUCAGUGGAAAAUACAACACUGAAUAGUUUUUCUGUGAAUUGUAGUACAGUAAAACUAUGUAGUGCCAAUAUUAUACCUGCUGAAGAAAAUUUUAAUUAUAUAUUAGUACAUCCAUUGUUUAAUGAAACUGUUAAUUUUACCCUAGAAGUAGCAUUAACAGCCUGUGAAUCAAGAUUAUUAAAAGAAAUAAGUGAUGUAGCUUCAGAACUAGCACCAACAACAGAAUUACCAGAAGAAAAUAAAACUAUUUUUUCAUCUUUUAAUCAUUCUAACAUACUUUAUGAGCAGCAUUAUUUUUUCUAUGAACAUAACAAAGCUCAAGAAUUUUUAUUGUCAUGCUGGCCUCAAGUGACCUUAACAAGAGAAACAGAGCCAAAUCAUUUCAGUUUUCAAUAUGUAGUUUUAUAUAAUGACAAUUUAGCAUAUUUUAUGAAUGUCUCAACAUUCAUUCCAACAUUUACAAAAUUUCCAAUUGAAACUGUGAUUGAUAUUGGAGGCACCUUGGCUAUAGAAAUAAUUCUUCCUUCAAUGAAUCAGAAUAUGACAACUAAUAUGACUAUAGAAAUAUGCAUACAAUUUGGUAUUAGACCAAUAUUUAAUGAAAAUGGAAGCUGUCUUUCUGCCAUGUCUUUACAAGUUAAUACUAGCUCACGGGAUAAUCGGAUUGCAACCAUGUUAAUACCAUUCCCUGAAAUCGGUACUUGGUAUAUUAGUCUUUUACCUCGUUGUUAUGUUCAAGAUGAUGAUUUUAACAGUACUGUUGUGCCAUGCGAUAACAGCAAUGUUUCAGUUUUUUUGAAUAUUAAAUCAACACCUUGUAAUUUAAAUGAGUGUGGAAAACAUGGAAAUUGUCACAUUUACAGCAGUGGAGGUUUGAUAUAUAGUUCCUGUCAUUGUGUCGCAGGUUGGAGAGGUUGGGGCUGUACAGAUGGUACAAAAGCAUUUUCUAAUGCUGAUCUUCUUGUUUCUGUACUACUGCUUACAUUGAGCAACAUUUUCUUUUUACCUGUCAUCGUUUUAGCUCUUUAUCGUCAUUAUUUUACAGAAGCUUCCAUUUAUGCAACAAGCAUGUUGUUUUCUACUUUUUAUCAUGCUUGUGAUUCAGAAAUAUAUUCCUUUUGUCUCAUGAGGCUCAGUGUAUUACAGUUUUGUGACUUUUAUUCAGCCAUACUCUCCAUAUGGGUGACCUUAAUUGCUAUGGCAAAACUCUCUCCCACUCUACAGUCUCUCUGUCAUAUGCUUGGAGCUGUUGGUUUAGCAUUAGGUGUUGAAUACGAUCGAACAGGUCUUCUAGUAUUUAUUAUACCUGCUGGAACAGGAUUAGUAAUUAUUAUUAUAUCAUGGAUAUGGCAAUGUCACCAGCAACAUGCCUGUUAUCCAAGAAAACGAAUAUGGUUUUUAUGUUUGCUUCCAGGAAUUUUAUUGGCUAUAUCCGGUUUAAUAAUGUUUGCAUUUUUUGAGACUGAAGAAAAUUACGCUUAUGUCCACAGUGCUUGGCAUGCUACCAUGGCACUUUCUGCCCUCUUCCUCUUACCGGAACGACGUAAUCAUAAAGACUCUGCUCAGGAAGUGAUGCAGGUGCAUUGGAAACCUCAUGGCUCUUUCAAGUUCCUGCAAGAUAAUGAGACUGAUAUGCUCUGAUUCUACCUAGAAUAGGCAAAAAUUUCCAUUUGCAGUCUACCUGGAUUAUCUUCCAAUAAUUGAACAGGAAAUUGUGUUUAGAUAUUACUUCUGAACUAAAUUGUAAUGAAUGCCUUUAAUGGUGCUGUAGAUAAAACAAAAACAAAUAUUCAAAUUUUUAGAAUCUUUAUAAAUUUUUCGAAUUUUGAAUUCUAAUUAUCAGCAUGCAUGAUCACUUUUCGACGAUCCUUAUUACUGUAUUAUUAUUGUUAUUACUAUUACUAUUAUUAUUAUUAUUAUUCUGUAUAGUUAAGCAAUUCAGUUGAUUUUGAGCAGAGUUUACAAAUUUUAUUUUCCUAUGGCUUUAUUAUUUUUUUCUAAUUUAUUUUAUAAUUAAAUUUAUUCGUUUCAAUAUUUUAUGAAUUUUUAAAACUAUUAUAAUAAGAGAUUAAUUUAUUCCUUCUCUUUACAUAUAACACUUAAUAUACAAUAAUUUCAUUUUUUGAAUUAAUUUCU